AGAAAUACCCUUUCACGAACCGGUCGACGGUCACAACACGCAGUUGAAUUCCGGUGGCAGCCCAAGCGAGACUCGAGCGGCAUAUGACUGAAACAGCGCCGAGCCAGCUUUGUGUGGGGCAUCUCUAUUGGGCCCAAACGAAGCCCAAUGAAUGGACACUCACCCGGCUUUCUUCCUUCGAUGCGUCAUCGGCAUCUGCCGUGUUCGAAAUCGUCGAUGAAUUUACUGACGCCGCCGUCCCUGGGUCCGAUCAACUCACGGUGGACACGACCACUUGCGCGGUCUGCCCGGCAAACCCUCUUUUCGUGACAAGGUCAGACAUGACCGCAAUGCGGUACUUGCACGAAGCUGCUGUGGUGAAAAACCUCCACGAUCGAUGGAUCGCCGAUGAUCGGCAACCAUACACGUCCAUGUCGAAUGUCCUCAUCGCCGUGAACCCGCUGCGGUACUUGGCGGCUGUGGACAAGUCCAUGUAUGUUCGCCAGUCGUUGGACAAGUCGCCUCCUCACCCCUUCCACGUUGCCGAAAAUGCCUACCGGCAGCUGCGAUCCAUGCGGCAGAACCAGUCGAUUGUCAUCAGUGGCGAGAGCGGAUCCGGCAAGACUGAAACGUCAAAGAUCAUCUUAGAGUUUCUAACCGAUCGAUCCUCACUGGACGACUACAACGCGACGGCUUCAGUCCUUACGGACAGCCACGCCCGCGAGCAAGCUCUUGGCGACCGACUCAUGGAUACGAUUCCAAUUCUCGAAUCGUUUGGAAACGCCACGACCCACCGCAACCACAACUCAAGUCGGUUCGGCAAGUACAUGCGGCUCCAAUUUACGCCGGACACGAGCGGCUCGGAUUCGGCGCUGCACUUAGCCGGCGCGUCCAUCGACACGUAUUUGCUGGAAACCACCCGUGUUGUGUUGCCGCCGGCCGGCGAGCGGAACUUUCACGUGUUCUAUGAACUGCUCCGGUGUGGCGACGCAUCGCUUCUCAACGAACUCAAACUUGUUCCGAAUCCGUACGCCAAGGUUGAAAAAGCCCGACAGAACGAUGUGGAGGCGUGGAUUGACGAAUACCAGUACCUGAAUCUAUCUGGUUGUACUUCGAAUCUGUUCCUUGACGACUGCGACAACUUUUCCAAGCUCGUGAAGGCGUUGCAAUACAUUAACAUCGACGCGACAGAACUAUUCCGGGUAGUGUCGGGGCUGCUCCAUCUCGGCAACAUCCAGUUUGACGAGGAAGAGACCGAAGAAGGCAUGACGGCAGCGGUUCACCUCGACGACAGAGCAAGCGCUGUUACCGUCGCCGCCGAGAUGCUUGGACUCGAUCCCGUCAGUCUCUUGAAUGCGAUCCUAACCAAGAAAUUUAGUCGACUGCAAGGACGACCAGGGCUGCAACGCGAAGCGUCGGUGCAUUUCAAGAAGAAGGAUACGCGCCAAGCCAGCUACUCGCGGGACACAAUCGCCAAAGUCAUCUACAAGCAUGUGUUUGGAUCGCUCAUGCGGCAAUGUGCGGACGCCCUCGAGUAUAACCUGGCGCAAAAAGACGAGCUGCCGUACAUUGGGGUACUCGAUAUCUUUGGGUUUGAAGAUUUUGAACCGAAGAACCGCAACUCGUUUGAGCAACUUCUCAUCAACUACGCCAACGAGUCACUCCAGAGUCUGUUCAACCAGUGCAUCCUCAAAGCGGAGCAAGAAUUGUACCAAACCGAGCACAUUUGGGAUCCACACAACGUGUCACUGUUCUUUCCAUUCGUCAAAAUGAACCACGUCGCAACAUCGCCUCGCUUCGUGGCCCGCCAACCGAUCGCGUACGAUGACAACAAUGAGUGCCUAAAGCUCAUUGCCGCCAAGAACGAAGGAAUGUUUGCCAUUAUCGACACGGUGGCCAAAGUCGCCGGGCCUACGGAUCGCCGCCUCAUUGACAACUUUCAAAAAUACUUUGCCAAGCAUCCAUGCUUUAUCCAGCCGCAUCCAAAAGAUAUGCAGCAUACGUUUUGCAUUCGACACUACGCAGGCGUCGUCCGCUAUCGCAUUGAUUCGUUCUUGGACAAAAACAGCAACCUCACGUCCGGCCAGUUUGACGAUCUGCUCAAGUCGUCAACCGUCACCAUCCUGCGCAGCACGUCGGCCGCGACAGAAUUGCCGCUUAUCGACCCCACGACGGCACGACCGCAAUAUCUUGCCGCUGCCAAGACAUCCGGAAGCGUCUCCCAGUUGUUUUCCGUUCAAAUGCGAACCCUAACGAACGAAUUGAUGGCGACUCGAAGCAACUUUAUUCGAUGUAUCAAGCCAAACGCUGCGAUGGACGCGACGGUCUUCACGCGCACCAGUGUGCUGGAGCAGCUCCGGUGUUCUGGCACAAUUCAAGCAUGCCAAGUGCUGCAAGUCGGGCUGCCAACGCGUGUGGCGUAUUUGGAUAUUGCCGCCACGUACACAGCCGUCCUAGGAGCCGACUUUAUGUUUCAAUACUACGCCAACGAUCGGCUGUUCACGCAAGCCCUUUGCAGCGUGCUCGAGUUCCCAGCGGACUCGUAUCGCCUGGGAGACUCUCGCCUCUUUUUCAAGACAGGAAAGAUCCACUUGCUGGACAAGUUGCUGAAUGUGGCCCCGACCAUGACCGUGGAGGAGCUCAAGGCGCGGCUAACACACUACCUCGUCAAGCGUCGGUGGAUCUCGGCGGCGACUAAGGUUGUCGUGCUUCGGCAUGUUCAAGCGCAUUAUGCUGCUGUCCGACGCAAGCACCACGCCGUUGUCCUUCAAUGCUGGUUUCGGCAGUGUAUAGCGAGGCGACAAGUGGCAAGAUUGCGCAAGCAGCGACGAGUGGCAAUGUUGUGGGGUCGGUUUGCGUCCAAGUGUGGCGUGCAGCGGGCCUUCCAUGGCGUCCCAGAAGACAAGUUCACGUUGUUGCAGGCAUUGCUUCGACAGCGCGUGCUGCCGUCGCGUUGUAAGUGGCUCUUGAAUUGGCUCGGGCCACUGCAGCGGGCCAUGUAUGUUCAGAAACUGGGCAAGGCGGCAUGCAUGGCCUAUUUGGCGAAGCGUGCCUUCCUUUCGUUGUUCGAAAUCGUACGCGAACGCCGCGCGUGUGUAAAGAUCCAGGCGCAGGUUCGUCGAGCGGCGGCAACCGCGGUCGUGGACUCCAUGCGUAAGCAGAAAAAGGCGCAAGAGCAUUGGCGGCGCAUUCGAAUUCGCGUAAAAGCCACAAUUUGGUUCUUUGCCAUGUUUCGUCGAGCUCACGUGGUGUGUCUUGAACAUGACAAUUCCCGUCUGAAGCGGGAAAACGACGAGUUGCGAGCCAAAAAUGCCGUCUUGGAGGCCCAGCUCCAAAGUUCCUCGUCGACCGCAACGCAAGACGAAAAUGUUUGCGACUUGGAGCGCCAGCUCCUCCUGUUACAGCAUAAGUUGGACGAGGCGAUGCGCUUGAAUUCGUUGACUCCAACGUCGAGCGGUUCCAGCAGCACUCGCCGUAACUCCCCGACGCCCACGGAGUGGACGUCGGCGAAAUCCUUCUCGGAACACAUGGGUGGUGGCGAAAUGUUCCAAUCCUUCAACCCCACAUCGCCGUACGCCAAGUCGUUUGCACACCGCAGCAGCAGCACCGCUUUCACAAUCCAUCGUCGAUAUGAUUCGGACGUGCCGUCGCGAUUGCAGCGAGAAGUCGAGCAGCAGCAAGACAUCACGAGGAAAAUCCGCGAGCUUGUCCGGAUCUGUGCCAAAGUGGAGCGGUACGCCAUUGCUAUACGGGUCCAACGCAAACCAUCGGUUCACGUGUAG